AUGUCAUUGCCCCUCCCCCUCCUCCUCCUCUCGCUCCUUUCCAUCCUCCCUCAAUCUCUUUCCCUCCCCAAAGGGAAACUAAUAAACUGCGGUGCGCCGGUCAAAUCCCUGAUCGACGGCCGCGAAUGGCUCCCCGACACCGGCUUUGUCUCCGUUGGGACCCCUCGGAACCUGACAGCCCCGGUCCUCGUCCCCAUCCUCUCCACCGUCCGAUCGUUCCCGAACAAUCCCCACCGCAAGUACUGCUACACGGUGCAGGUCUACCGCGACGCCAGGUACAUGGUCCGCACCACCUACUACUACUACGGAGGCCCCGACGACACCCCGCCGGUUUUCGACCUGAUUGUAGACGGCACCCUCUGGGCCGUCGUUAACACCACAGAGGACUUCGCAAAAGGCAAUUCGACUUACUACGAGGGGGUCUUCCUCGCUCAGGGCAAGACCAUGAGCGUGUGUCUCGGGUCGAACAAUUACACCGAAUCUGACCCGUUUAUCUCCGCCCUGGAGUUUGUGAUUCUCGAAAACUCACUCUACAACUCCACGGAUUUCAAGUCGUACGGCCUCGGCUUGGUUGCAAGGCACGGCUUUGGCUACACUGGACCAGUCAUUCGAUACCCAGAUGACAAAUUCGAUCGGUUUUGGGUGCCAUUUGAAGGGCACAAUCCCAUCAAUGUAAGCAACACGAAUGUGUCUGUUUCUGACCUGUGGAACUUGCCCCCGUUGAAAGUUUUCCAGAGCAAAUUGACGACCGGGCAAGCUGAAACUAUGGAGUUGAAUUGGCCUCCUGGGUCGGUUCGGGAAUCGAACUACUACAUUGCUCUGUACUUUGCUUUAGGGAUGUUGGGGUCGAGGGUUUUCAACAUCAGCAUCAAUGGUGUGCCAUAUUAUAAGAAUUUGGAUGUGACCCCAGAAGGGCUUGUGGUCUAUGCGCGCAAAUGGCCUCUUUCUGGUGUUACAAGGAUCACUUUGACUCCCUCUGCUGGGUCAAGUGGCGGUGCUCUGAUUAAUGCUGGCGAGGUGUUUGAUGUGCUGCCCCUUGGAGGAACAACUUUAACUCGAGACGUUAUUGCUUUGGAAAGUGUAAAACAGAGGAUUCAGAACCCUCCAUCUGACUGGAAUGGUGAUCCUUGUUUGCCCCGUCAGUACUCGUGGACAGGCAUUACAUGCUCUUCUGGCCCUCGACCUCGUGUGGUCACUUUAAAUCUGACGAGUAUGGGCCUUUCAGGAUCGUUAUCACCUAGUUUUGCCAAUAUGACCGCAUUGUCUAAUAUCUGGAUUGGGAAGAACAAUUUUUCAGGGCCUAUUCCUGAUCUCAGUUCAUUGAAGAGACUGGAGAAACUGCACUUGGAAGACAAUCAUUUUAGUGGAGAUAUCCCCUCAUCGCUCGGGAAUAUUGUUAGCUUGCAUGAACUCUUUUUACAAAACAAUAAUCUGACUGGUCAAGUUCCUAGUAGCCUUACUGGAAAAUCUGGGCUGGACCUAAGGACUUCUGGAAAUUCUUUGUCCGCACCUCCACCUUCUUGA